AUGGCUAGACCUGUGAGAACCGGGCUCGAAGCUGAGCAGCCAUUUGUUGUGACAGCAGUGCUCCGCUGUGAGAGUCUUCAAGCCAUGACGCCUCCAACUCGCUCAGCUUAUCCGCCGUCAUUGGCUGACUGGGAAGAGCACAAGCCCAUCAUUCAACACCUGUACGUCCGAGAGGGGCGAAAUCUCUCUGAGGUCCAGAGAACUCUGUGUCAAAAAUACCAUUUCAAGGCUUCGUACGGCGGGCAACUUCUGCGGUCAUUGUUUUCCACCCUGCUGAUCUCGUCUAGGUGCCGCUCGUACAAGAACAAACUCAGAUCUUGGGGGAUACGCAAAUACUAUCGAGGGGGAACUCCACAGUCGAAUCUGCCGGGCAUCUUGUUUGAUCCCGACACAGCGUUGGUGUCUAGCUUCAACAGUGAUAUUUCCACAGGGCAGACCCAGUACGAGGACGAUGAUCGUGUCACCAUAUCGACAGCCGGCUUGUUGCGGGAUGGGUUUCCAAAGCUAGUUGGAUUUGGUCAUGAAAGCCCAGUGCUCAGCUUCAUCAAGGACCAGAUCAACGACGCUGCGGACUCGAUCGUCCUGGCCGCCGAGGCGUUUAUAACCUCUUUCUCGGACAUCAUGACUCCUCCUCCACUUGACCCUUCCGACACGUCGAUCAAGCAAAUCAAACCCUUUCGUCGACGGAAAGACUACAUCUGGACCCAGUUUCAGCAUGGUCUGAACCUCCUGGAGCAAGGCGAGGUCCAGAAUGCCUUCGCAGACUUCCAAAGGGGCUGUGCCAUGGCCGAGGAGUAUCUGAUCCGCCCAUCGGAGUACACUCUCGUCAGUCUAUUGCUUGUUAUGGGGAACCGCCGUUGGAACCGCCACCGGCAGGUGUGGGAGUCGGUCCUGCAGUUCAUGUCGUCCAUGUCCGCAAAAGCUCUGGGGAAUCAGCACCCAUUGACGCACAUCAUGAGCAGAGUCGUGGAUUGGAACACGAUGCGCGGGGUUGCGCAACCUUGCCUGAACGCCAUGUUGGACCUCUAUCGACGGACACGGCUACUGGGACCGGCGCAUCCGGACGUGCUACUCCUGCAACAGACGCGCUCCGUGGAGCUGAUGCGCGCAGGCGAAUUCGAACGAAGCGAAUCCCUGAUUCACGAAUGCUGCCGCGUGAGCCGCCACGUCUACGGCGCCUCCAGCCUCGCGACGCGCAUCUGUCUGCGCCGGCUGGGCAAUUUGUACGUCGAGCAAGGGCGGUGGGACGACGCGGAGAGCGCCUUCGAGACGAUUCUCGCGCUGGAUUCUCAGGAGAAUUCCUACCAAGGCCCCGUGCACGAGAGCAGCAUCUUCACGUGCCAGAACCUGUCGCUCGUCAACUGUCGCAGGGGCGAUCUGGAAAAGAGCGACUACUGGGCCCGCCAGGAGCUGGAUCUCGCACUCAAGAUCUACGGUCCCGACGACGAGUACUAUGUCGACUGUGUGAGAAGGCGAGAUGCAAGGCUCAAUGGGGAACCAGAGCAGAAGUGGUUCUCAUGGCUCGAGGUCAGUUGA